AUGAAGUUUCACAAGUGGGCAUCAAGCGAUAAAAGCGUGCUGGAGUUCCUGAGAGCACGGAUAUUUGAUCCACUGGGGAUGUUGGCACCGUUUACUAUCCGUGGAAAGGCAAUAUUUCAAGAACUGUGGAAGCUAAAGGUCGGAUGGGACGACGCUUUACCUGCGCAGUCGCAAGUAUCCUGGAGCCACUGGGGUUCUGAACUGUCUCAUCUUCAAGAGGUUCAAUUACCAAGGUAUUAUGAAGCGAAUGGGGUCGCCGGCGUCAGACACGUCGAAAUACACAUCUUUUGCGACGACAGCCCGACCGCAUAUGGGGCAGUGGCAUACACAGGCAUGGAAGACAAGUCUCUGACGAGAAGCAGUGCGUUUCUCAUCGCAAAGUCAAGACUCGCUCCUCUAAAGGCGCAGACGAUACCUCGACUUGAGCUGAUGGCUUGUCUCGUCGGAGGAAGAUUGUUCGCGUACCUGAAAGCAAAGUUCGAAGCAUGUCCCACGCAAAUUCAUUUCUGGACGGACUCAAAGAUUGCGCUCUGUUGGAUACAAGGGGACGCCAACCGCUGGAAGCAGUUCGUUCAAAACAGACCAGCGGUGGUGGACGGGACCAAACUGGAUUUCGUGCGACCAACGCCAAUCCCUACGUCGAGCAUGGACAGGGAAAAUUUCAGGAAGGUAGAGCCGGAAGAAAAGGUCUCACGAGACGUGAUUCAGACGCUAACCGCAACAGUUGGGGAAAUCGUCGACAUGAAGAGGUACAGCUCAGCAAAGAAGCUACAUCAUGUGGUAGCCUGGGUCUUGCGAUUCGUAGCCAAGCUGAAAAAACGGAGUGAGGAAGGUGGACCUCUUGGCUCAGAAGAGGUACGAGAAGCCGAAAAUUAUUGUCUGAAGAUCGUGCAGCAGAACGCGUUUCAUGUAGAAAUAGCAGCGGUUCAGAGCCAAAGACCGUCGCCUGCGAAAUCGCCCCUACAAGGGUACAGUCUGUUUUUGGACGGCGAAGGGAUCCUCAGGAUGACUGGCAGACUACAAGAAAGCGAUCUACCCUACGCUCAAAAGCAUCCUAUUGCGCUACCAAAGCAGGAAUCUUACUCUGAAACUAUCAUCAGAAAGUGCCAUUUGGAUGUGUUACACGGCGGUUUGCGAGAUACCCUAGUACAAGUGCGAGAGAAGUACUGGAUAGUACGUGCUAGGCAAGCUGUCAAGAAUAAGAAGUUGGGUCGUAUGUCAACGAUACAAUGCGCAGGCUUCAAGACAAACCCCAGCGCCGCAGCCAGCGUCAAGGGUACCGCAGUCGGAGCUGUUUACAGUUACUGGACUCGACUUCGCAGGACCACUGAUGGUGAGGACGAGCCGAUCAACGAGGCAGAUAUACUUCGUUAUAUUCGUAUGCGCAACAACGAGGGCGGUACACCUGGAAGUAGUGCAGGAUAUGGCCACGGCAACAUAUUUUUGCUGGCUUUCCAAAGGUUCGUUGCACGACGUGGAAUACCGAGCAAGGUGUACAGCGACAAUGCGAAGACUUUUCAAAAGAGCAACGAAGAGUUGAAGAAAUUGUGGAAAAUUGUAACUGGAGAAGGUGUCAAGGAGAAGAUCGCUGACUGGGCAAUUGAUUGGCGAUACAAUGUUCCGUACGCUCCCUGGUGGGGCGGAUUUUAUGAGCGACUCAUCAGAUCCGUCAAGGUGGCAUUGAAAAAGACCAUCGGCGCAAGGUGCCUGAACGAGACAGAGCUCACCACUAUCGUUACCGAGAUAGAAGCUGUUAUAAACUCGCGGCCCCUCACUUUUGUUUAUGACGAUCAAGAGAUCCGCCCAUUGUAUCCUGCAGCGUUCCUUACGGGAAAAAGACUAACGAUGCUACCAGCUUCUAACACAGGCGACAUGCCGGAAAGCUCAGCCGACACCAUCCAACGUUGCUGGAGGCAACGAGCGGAAAGCUUACGUGCUUUCUGGGAGAAAUGGUCACGGGAGUACCUUACAGAAGACGCUUUCAAAAAUGACCUGAACGAGCAAGAGCUAACGGACGAGGACUACCAGUGCGCCCAUGACAUUUUCGAUUUGUUCGAAUGUAAGGACCUCCGCGGUUACACGCGUCUCUACGUCACGGUCGAAGCCUGUCAGCUCUGCGAGAUCGUGCUCUAUUUAGACGGAUAG